AUGGAUAUAAAGACCUUGCUGGACAAUCUUCAUGAUGAAGUAUCCUGUUCUGUGUGUAUGUGUACAUUCACUGAUCCAAAGCAGUUGCCUUGUUUGCACAGUUUCUGUCUUCACUGCCUGAACGAAAUUCAACGAACGAGCGGCGUCCAUCGCAAAAUUACAUGCCCCGAGUGCAGGAGACAGUUUCAAAUCCCUGGAAGUGGAAAUCCGAGCGAACUUCCCACUAAUUUUCGUAUCAACAGUUUGCUAGAUGUCUUGGCAAUAAAAGAGUGCAGCACAGCUAACGUGAAAUGCGGAAAUUGCAACAAACGGAGCGCCCAGACCUUAUAUUGCUUCCAGUGUUAUUCUUUCUGGUGCGACGAAUGUAUUUUAGGACAUAACAUAAUACGCACCAGUAAGGAACACAGAACGCUGGCACUGAAAGAUUUUCAAGAUCAAGACAUCGAGGCCGUGGUAAAGAGACCGGCAUUUUGUCAGAAGAAACGACAUGAAAAAGAAGAGUUGAAAUUCUUUUGCAAGGACUGUAAAGUCGCCAUUUGCAACACGUGUUUUGUGACACUUCAUGAAGGUCAUGGUAAGAUGCUUUUGGAAGAAGCUACAGACGCACGUAAGACACAGAUCAACUACACACUUCAAUCUUUAAAAGAUAAAGCACUUGAAAAACGAAAAGAACAAGAGCAACUCAACCAAAAGAGCAUGGACAUUAACGAGCAAAUAGCCGAAUUAAAAACGCAAGUACAGACGACUGUAGACCAAUUGCUUGCAGUCAUCGAAAAGAGGAAACAGGAUAUUUUUAAUAUAGUCGAUAAUCAAACGAAAAAGCCACUGGAGUCUCUCUCACAGAAUCAAGUCCAAGUUGCAAAUCAAAUAAAACUAAUUGAAUCAGCAAUUGAAGAAACUGAAUUUGUGUUGAAACGAAGCUUCAGUACUGAAAUCCUUGAAUUCAGUAAAACCUUUGAUUCAAUCCUACAGGAACAGGGCACCCAAGAAAACAGUGACACUGAAUGCAGUAUCCCUCGGUUUAGUUUCACUAAAAGUGAAAAACUGAUUAAUCUGUUGAGCAUGAGCGAGGGGAUAGGUAAUGUAGUAUUUGUUUUUAGCGAAACUAAAGCGCAACAACCAGAAGCUAAACGUAAAGAAAGUAUUAAAGCAGUUGCUGGUAAUAAAGGGGCAAAUGUUGGUGACAGUCCUACUCAGACUCAGGCACAAACCAGGCGCUUCAGAUCUGUGCUUUCAUUCGGACAAUAUGGUAAAUCCGCCGGAAUGCUUAACGUGCCCUGUGGGGUGGCAGUUAAUUGCAAUGAUGAAAUUGCUGUGGCUGAGUCCAGUAAUAAUAGGAUAUCUGUAUUUAGAAGUGAUGGUACCCACUUGAGAUCAUUCGGUAGGGCAGGUCACAAUAAUGGAGAGUUUUAUUACCCUACGGGAGUCGCUUUCGAUAGCCGUGGCAAUAUCUUGGUGGCAGACUGUUUUAAUCACAGGGUGCAGCGUUUUGAUGGGACUGGUAAGUUUCUUAGUAAGUUUGGUGAAAAAGGAAUUCUUGAUCAUCAGCUCAGUUAUCCUGAAGGUUUAUCAGUAAACUGCAAAAGCGAUAUCAUCGUUGCUGAUAAAGGUAACAAAGUAAUCAAGAUAUUCUCUUCUAGUGGCGAGUAUUUACGUAAAUUUGGUGGGGCAGGAGGUGCUAAGUUGGUCAAUCCCUAUCACUGUAUUCAACAUGGCCAAAAUUUUAUAAUCUCAGAUUACGGUGAUCAUUCCAUUAAAAUGUUUAAUCUUGAUGGAGAGAUUAUUUCUAGAUUUGGAAAACAGGGGAGCAGGGAUGGAGAGUUCAAUAGGCCAUAUUACUUGUCGGUCAACAAAGAAGGAUUACUAAUGGUCUGUGAUGAAAGAAAUCACAGGGUUCAGGUAUUUGAACUGAGUGGAAAGUUUGUUACAAAGUUUGGAAGUAAAGGUAGCGAGAGUGGAGAGUUUAUGAAUCCAGUAUGUACAGCAAAUAUUGGUGAUGGAAGGAUAGUUGUAUGUGAUACGAAUAACAGCAGAAUUCAGCUGUUUGAUUAUGAAUGACACGAUUUUAACUUUGUUGUACAAGAUACUUGAGAAUGUGAACUACUAUACAUUUAUCAUAAGAUCUCAGUAGAGUUUAUGUUUGUUAAAGUAAACAAUUUUGUGAGAUAAUUUUGUUAAUAUAAUAAAUCCUACCAUGAAAUCGAAAUUGCUAUAGUACUGGCGUGUGCAAUGUCAAGGGAAGGGAGGGGCAAUGAAACACUCCCCCCCCCCCUCUCUUUUCCUCUUCUACUCCAUUUUCAGACUACUUUCUCGCCCUAACCACCCUACCCUACUCCCCAAACAAGAACCGGUUUCGAAUUUCAUAGGCUGCCUGCCCAUGCAAAGAUAUUAAGAAAAGCGAGUAAAACGGUAUAAGCUGGUUUUCACAAGCGCAUAAGCAUAAGGCUUAGUAUAAAUACGAAGCUAUACUAGAAAUACGUGAAUCGCAGGACCUCGCGAAGGACUUCCUGGGAACGGCAAGAAGUUGAAUGGAAAUAAGAAGUAAUAAAGAAAAUUUAUCAAUCUAAAAAACUUUGGCUAUAUGAAGAAACAAAACAACUGUAAUAAAUAAAAAGAAAACUGAAGACAAGGAAUUAAAGAAAAGGAGAAGAGAAAAAGAAUAUCAGGUACAGCUCGUAAUCGAACACAGGCCCUUCAACGCGCCGGGCCAUAGCUAGCUUUUCCACUGGGCCACGUAAAACACAAUGUGAAAAUUCUGAAAAUAUAUUAUUAAAAACCUUUCCCCUGGAACUUCCGCCAGCGCGACCUGUUUAAAGUUGAUCGAGCUCUAUUAUGAAUUCAGAGAUAUUUUUCAGAAGAAUGACCGUUGUUUUGACAGUGAAACCCCAACGUAACGUAAACGAAUUUCAUCGCACUUAAAGAACGACAGCUCAACUAAGCCGAUACGGUAUAAACUCGUCCGGCGAGCAAAAUGUGUUUUGUUACCUCGAUUUUUGCUCAUCUUAAGGCAAAAAAACCAAACAGAUACAAGACACUCUUCGGUGUUGCCUGGAAAAACAAUGCUACGUGUCGUCACACACUAGAUGAAGUCAGAGCGGACGCCAUCGCGAUAUAAACAAGUAUACAAGUAUAGAUGGGCCGGCCGACUUUGCAGGUCGCUAACACCACGCGUGUGACAAGAUUAUAAACCUCUCGAGGCGAGGUGGCUUCGCCUUAUUUAUUGCCUAGGGGAGGCGGGUAGGAAGAAAUUUUUUUUGCGACAAAGUAGCACUUAUGUGAUUCCCCUUAAAGCAUACAGUGUGGUUUUGAUCCCCCACAUUGGCGGUGGAAGAUUUCAUGUUCCCCCCUCUUCAAUCUGAGCCACCACAAAAAGCCAGUGUAACUAUAUGCAAGCAAGUGACCUCUAUAUUAAUACUUACGUCUCAUGAAGGCUUGAACAACAACUUCACAUAUUUGGUGAUCAUCUGAUAUGAACUGAAUUGUCUGUGAAGGGUAACUCUUCUCAUCCAGAAAUCGUUGAAAACAAAUUCAUUGUCGUUCUCGUCCUCCUCACUGUCUAAUUCCUCCUCAUAUUCUUCAUCCUCUGAUUCCCCGUCACUUUCACCUUUGGCACCUCACGAUUCGUCCGUGUUGACAGACUCUUUAUGUGUCGGUAAUAAUGACAUCGAAUAGCUUUUACUUUGUCAAGCUUGCUACCAAUAGUGGUCAGUCCGUGUUCUUUCAGGUAGAAGCCAAGUUCUUUUACCUUUAAAUUUUCGAUCUUGCCACUUUCAAUAAGGGUGCCGUCCGAUUUGAAGUCCGUGUAUGUCCGGUGCGCCUCUUGCCUCUUUCGUUGCUCUAAUGUCUUUUCUGAUAUCAAUGCGAUUAAUAUAUGUAAUAACAUGCUUCUCAUAAACAUUGUAUUUUGAACAGAAGUUCUUGAUGGUAUCUCCAUCGUUUAUGACGCUGACGGAAUGUUUCUCACGCAAGUCCUUCAAACAUUUUCUCGGGAGAUAGUCCGGCAUCUGGUGUCCUGCCUGUCGAUUCCGUCUGAAAGACAUCCAUGAAAUAAUGUCCCCCAUUGUUUGGGCCUGGUACAGGUUGCGGGAUUCUUUCUGUCUGUGGUCCCACCCAUCUUUUGUUAGAACACCAAGGACAGAGAUUAGAGGUCUCCUCUUUGCAAGCAUGCACCACGACAGAAUUUCAUUAAGAGCUCUGCACGGAUGAAGUGGUCUUCCAUAAACGAUUCGAUCUUACUGAGGUAUGCUGCUAAAAAUAAGCUUAAAAGAGAAAUUUAAUGUGCAUUUCACACUUUUAAUAGGCGAAGAAUAAAUCCUCAUAAAACAUCUUAUAAUUGUUGCUGCUGAAUGCAUAUGAAAGAUUUCAAAAUUAGUUGGGUAGCCUGAUUGGGUAGCCUGACUUAGCCCAGUCAAGUGGAGCGGCCCGCCUUACGGCCACCUAGGUACUACGGUCGCCUCGUUACUACGGCCACUUUUUUUGGCCACCCGACAAAACGGCCAUACAUUUUCUUGUAAAAAAAAACCCUGGUUUAUACGGUCACCCAUUGAAACGGCCAAAUGUUUUGGCCCAUUGGUACAUGGUGACCGUAUUAUCGGGGUGGCCACUGUACUCUCGAUCUCGAUCUGUGUUCAAUCUUGGGCUACCUUUGGUUUGAUGAAUAUUUUAAAAAGUUCAUGCUUUGUAAACAGAUUAUCAUUUCUCAGAAAUAAAGGUUAUUUUUGGAUUCCCUCAGGUCGUCAAAAAUUUAAACACCUCAAGACACCAUUUGAUUCGUUGCCAAAAUAUACUUUAGUCUGGGUCAAAAGACAACACUUCUUUGUUGCGGUUUCUGGGAGUGCCAACCGACUACGUCUCAGAGUAUUUUAAAUCUUAAUUUGCUUUCCAUCUUCUUCAUGGAUAUAAAGACCUUGCUGGACAAUCUUCAUGAUGAAGUAUCCUGUUCUGUGUGCAUGUGUACAUUCACUGAUCCAAAGCAGUUGCCUUGUUUGCACAGUUUCUGUCUUCACUGCCUGAACGGAAUUCAACGAACGAGCGGCGUCCAUGGUAAAAUUACAUGCCCCGAGUGCAGGAGACAGUUUCAAAUCCCUGGAAGUGGAAAUCCGAGCGAACUUCCCACUAAUUUUCGUAUCAACAGUUUGCUAGAUGUCUUGGCAAUAAAAGAGUGCAGCACAGCUAACGUGAAAUGCGGAAAUUGCAACAAACGGAGCGCCCAGACCUUAUAUUGCUUCCAGUGUUGUUCUUUCUGGUGCGACGAAUGUAUUUUAGCACAUAACAUAAUACGCACCAAUAAAGAACACAGAACGCUGGCACUGAAAGAUUUUCAAGAUCAGGACAUCGAGGCCAUGUUAAAGAGACCGGCAUUUUGUCAGAAGAAACGACAUGAAAAAGAAGAGUUGAAAUUCUUUUGUAAGGACUGUAGAGUCGCCAUUUGCAACACUUGUGUUGUAACACUCCAUGAAGGUCACGGAAAGAUGCUUUUGGAAGAGGCUACAGACGCGCGCAAGACUCAGAUCAACUCCAUGACUCAGUCUUUAAUAGAAAAAGCACGAGAAAAACGAAAAGAACUCGAGCAAUUGAACCAAAACAGCACGGACAUUAAACUGCAAGUUGCCGACUUUAAAAGCCAAGUGCAGACACAUGUGGAUCAAGUUAUUGCAAUCAUCGAAGCGAGGAAACAGGAUGUUUUUGAUGCAGUUGAUAAUCAAGCGAAAAAAUCACUGGAAUCUCUCUCAAAGAAAAAAGACGAAGUUGAAAAUCAAGUGAAAUUAAUUGAAUCGGCAGUUGAACAAACUAAAGCUCUUGUGAAACGAAGCUUUAGUACUGAAAUCCUUGGAUUCAGUGAAACAUUUAAUACAAUCUUAACGGAACAGGUCACCCAAGGAAACCGUGACACUGAAUGUAUUCCUCGGUUUAGUUUCAUUAAAAGUGAAAAACUGAUGAACGUGUUGAACAAUGAAGGGAUAGGUAAUGUAAAAAUUGUUUUAAGCGAAACUAAAGCACAACAAUCAGGAGCUAAAGUUAAAGAAAGUAGUAAAGUAAUUGCUGGGAAUAAAGGGGCAAAUGUUCGUGACAGUCCUCUUGAGACUCAAGUACAAACCAGGCGCUUCAGAUCUGUGCUGUCAUUUGGACAAAAAGGUGAGUCUGUUGGAAUGCUUCACGGGCCCUGUGGGGUGGCAGGGAAUGAUCAGGAUGAAAUUGUUGUGGCUGAGUUCUUGAACCACAGGGUUUCAGUGUUUAGUAGUGACGGUACCCACUUAAGAUCGUUUGGUAGAUGGGGUUAUAAUAAUGGUGAGUUCCAGUGCCCUACAGGGAUCGCUUUUGAUAGUCAUGGCAAUAUUGUAGUGGUAGACUCUAAUAACCACAGGGUGCAAGUCUUUGAUAGGAAUGGUAACUUUCGUAGUAAGUUUGGUGAAUAUGGAAGUGGUGAUAAUCAGCUUAAACUCCCUCACGGUUUAUCAGUAAACGGUCACGGUGAUAUUAUUGUUGCUGAUAGCAAUAACAAAUUAAUCAAGAUAUUCUCCUCUAGUCGCAACUAUUUGCGUAAGUUUGGUGGAGCAGGUUCAUUGGUCACUCCCAUUCACUGUAUCCAAUAUGGUCAAUAUUUUAUAGUCUCAGACUGGGGUGAUCAUUCCAUUAAGAUGUUUGAUCUUGAGGGAAGAUUUAUUUCUAAAUUUGGAAAACAGGGGAACAAGGAUGGAGAGUUCAAUCAGCCCCGUUGCGUGUCAGUUAACAAAGAAGGAUUGCUAAUGGUCUGUGAUUCGCAAAAUCACAGAGUUCAAGUAUUUGAACUGAGUGGAAAGUUUGUUACAAAAUUUGGAAGUGAAGGUAGCGGGAGAGGAGAGUUGAAGAAUCCAUUUUCUACAGCAAUUCUUAGUGAUGGAAGAAUAGUUUUGUGUGAGUGGCAUAACAAUCGAAUCCAGGUAUUUGAACAUACAUGA